CGAGCUAACACAUGACAUUUUAAAAUGAAAUUGCUGUGUAUUAUUUUGUAACCAAUUGUUUUCUACAAUUUCUCUUUUUCUGAUCGCGGAAGUCGUGGAAUUUCCUCAUGAUACACAAAACAUAAGUUGUUUAAAUGUCAUGGUUUGCGGACCUUGCUGGCAAGGCGGAGAGCCUGCUCAACAAUCUCGAUGAGCAGACUGGAGCAGUCCUGCGUAACCAGAAUGGCGUUAAAGUUAGAAAGCAUGAGUACCCCGAUCCUGCGUGGCAGAAAAGGCGACAGACCUUGCGUUCCGCAAAGAAAAAUAUACCGACAACCGAAACUAGGCCCUUCUUUGCACCUACAGCUAAAAUUAUACCUUCUAAAAGUACCGGUCGGUCACCAACCAAGGAGAGCCAGGAAAAUGCGAGAACUGUACCUACUGUAGAGAGGCCAAGGAGAAAAUCACCACUGAGAAAACCAACUCAAUACAAUCUUCACAAUAGUCCAAAAUCAUUAGUGAAUGAUGUAGAGUUAGAUGAUAAUAUUAUGGAUGAUUGUUUUGGAUUACGGCAGAGAAGGCACAGCCUACCUUCAGACCUUGAGCUUAUGAGCAAUGAGAAAAUUGCAUAUAACAUGCAAAAUUUAGAAGUAGAGAAUGCAAUGCUCAAAAAUGAACUCAAUGUUAUGCAUCGAGAAGUAUCAGAAUUACUUGAUAGACUCAGGAAGACUGAAGAUGAACUUAGGCAAGCGCAGAUUAAAUUGGAAUGUUCGGAAAAGGUGAAUAACAAGCUUAGCGAAGACAAGGAGUCUUUGAGCACACUAUUGGAGCAUAUGAAAUCGCAAGUGUCCGAAGUUAGCAGUGUUCAGUUAUCUAAGUAUGAGAGACAAAGUCACGAGUUGGAAUCAAACGUUAGUUUGUUGAAAAAAAAGAAUAUGGAGUUAGAAGAACAGAUAAAAAAAUAUACCGAAGAUCUAUGCACAAAAGAUACAGCACAACAAAGACUAGAAAACGAUCUGCGACAUGCUCAAACUACUCUUAAUGAAAAACAAAAUAUCAUAGACAAUAAAACCGCUGAGUGCCAUAGUUUAGAGAAAGACUGGGAGGCUUAUAAAUUGAGGGUGAAAAGUAUGCUGUAUGCUAAAGACAAUGAGAUAAAAUCUAUAAGGGAAGGCAGUAAUAUGACAGAGGAUACAAAAAUGUUAAUGGACCAGUUGGAAACUUUAAAAGAAGAAAAAGAAGAUCUAUCCCAAGGUAUAACGCUCGUCCGCAAGGAAUGCGGGGAUAUGAAGCAUCAGAUGACUCAGCUGGAGGCGAGGCACAGUACGACGGAACGUGUGGUCACAGCUUUACGAGACGCCUUGAAAGAAGAGCGUUUGGCGAGGAAUCGGGUGGAGGCUCAGCGUGCUACUCUAGCAAAGGAUCUGCAAACUCUUCAAAUGGAAACAAAUCAAACGAUAGCCAGUCUCCGAGCAGCACUCCAAGAUAGGGAGGAUGAAGUCAAUAAUCUUAGAGAGACGGCAUCCACCAUACCUACUUCCGACACCAGUGCCUUAAACGUAGCGGACUAUGACGUCACAAAGGACAUAGACAGCGAAAAGAUACAUUAUUUAACGCAGACGUUGAUACAGAAGCAAGGAAAGAUUGAUUCUCUUUUGGCUGACAAUAAUGUAAUGAGGAUACAGCUUGAUAAGUUAGAGUCAAAAUACCGCUCCGAAGUGGCAUCGCUCCGUGCUAAGUAUUCGCACAGUGUGGUACAAUUUCAAGAUGGCGACCGUACGCGGUCUAGAAGUAACUAUGUACAUUCGCCGAUGUCAGCGCUGUCGCUUCGAAUGGGGGUUAUCAUCAAGCGCUUUCCGAUAUUCAGACUGCUUGUUCUCAUUUAUAUGAUUGGUUUACAUUUAUGGGUGGUGACUGUACUGCUUACAAGUACGCCAGAAGACACCGUGUUACGGUCAUCAAAAUCCUGAUCUUUUGCCAUUGAUGUUAUACAUUUAUUAAAAUUAAUUAAUUAAUCACGAUGUACCUUUAUGAUACAACAAU